AUGUCGGUACCUAAUAGAAGCCUCAAGUUUGUCAGCUUUCUAGAUCGAAAAGCCGACGGAUGGUUUGAUGAUUUGGAGAAGCUAGUCAACUCAUUUGCCGAUAGGGAUCUUCCUUGCAAUGUGUUUAUUGAAGAUCCUCAGUUUCUUCUGUACCUCACAGAGACUUCAGAUUCAUCCCUUCUAUCCAAGUUUUCUAAGCUCAAUCGAUUGGCAAACUUGUACCUAAUCAUGCCAACAGAUAGAUCAUUGCUUGAUUAUUCGGAAUUAUCUAAUGACUUAUCCACGGUCUACUCAACUUUGCUCCUGAAGUUAAUACACAAAGCACAUUUGAUGUUGAAGCUCAGACCAUUGAGAACAGGUAGAGCGGACGAUAUUACUGGAGAAUUGGUAGUUAUCAAGGGGCCUAUAGAUGAUCCCGGACUUUCUAUCCGUGAAAGAGACUACCUCUACCUUCUAAAUAAAGAUGGAAACGUCAAACUUUUCUACAGAUAA